UUAACGCAAAGUUGACAUUGAAAACGCUAAAGCCUACCUAUAAAACCGCAGCAAAUGCAAAUCGCCGAUUUCAAACUCAACAACCUCUAGCACCAGCAGCAGCAAAAUCAUAUGUGAUUCCGAUCCCCAAUCAAAACCCUAUCUAUCCCAAUCAGUAAUUAAAGAAAGCUCUGAGCUUCGAUUCGACCGGAUCGGAGUAGGAAAUCCGGCAAUCGAUAAUGGCGACGGCCAAGUUUCUGUCGAUGGCGUGCAUACGCCCCAACGACAGUGGGAAUCUGUCGCCUCGACCUCACUAUCCUUCGAUGCCCAAAUACCCUAGCGGCCACAAGGCUUCAUCAUCCGAUGAAGAGAAAUUCAUGCAAGGAGCAGAGGCCAAGGCGAUAUUCUCCGUCACCGGGAUGACUUGCUCCGCCUGCGCCGGCUCCGUCGAGAAGGCCGUCAAACGUCUCCCCGGAAUCAAGGAGGCCGUCGUCGAUGUUUUGAACAACCGCGCUCAAGUCAUGUUCUACCCAGCUUUUGUUAACGAGGAAACAAUCCUCGAGACAAUCGAAGACGUGGGGUUUGAAGCCUCGUUGAUUGAAGAAGAAAUGACCGGGAAAGCUUCUGAAAUAUGCAGGAUUCGGAUAACCGGAAUGACUUGCACAGCCUGUUCUACAACUGUGGAAUCCAGUCUCCAAAGUCUCCCCGGGAUACGUCGAGCACAAGUGGCCUUAGCAACAGAGGAAGCCGAGGUAAUUUAUGAUCCUAACAUCUUGACAUACAACCAAAUACUGCAAGCCGUGGAGGAUACCGGAUUCGAGGCUAUUCUGAUCAGCACCGGCGAAGAUCGGUGCAGAAUCCAUCUUCAAGUCGAUGGUGUGAACACAGAUAAUUCCAUGAGAAUAAUUGAGAGCUCCCUUAAAGCAUUGCCGGGAGUUCAAGAUAUUAACUAUGAUCUCGAGCUUAACAAGGUAGCACUUUCUUACCGACCAGACUUGACAGGACCAAGGAAUUUCAUCGAUAUUAUCCAGUCGACUGGCUCGGGGCGCUACAAGGCUAAAAUAUUUCCAGAAGGAGGAUCAAGAGAAGCCCAUAGAAGGAAUGAAAUUAAGCAAUACUACAAAUCUUUUCUCUGGAGUCUGGUGUUUACGAUCCCGGUUUUUCUUCUUUCCAUGGUCUUUAUGUACAUCCCUGGAAUUAAGCAUGGUCUGGAUCGUAAGGUUGUGAACAUGCUAACUAUUGGGGAGAUUUUGAGAUGGAUAUUGUCUACCCCGGUUCAGUUCAUCAUCGGACGGCGAUUCUAUGUUGGCGCUUACAAAGCAUUAAGACACGGCUCGGCUAAUAUGGACGUGUUAAUCGCGCUAGGAACGAAUGCUGCUUAUUUUUACUCUGUUUACUCUGUUUUGAGAGCUGCUACUUCGCCAAACUUUGAGUCGACAGAUUUCUUCGAGACAAGCUCGAUGCUCAUUUCUUUCAUAUUGCUGGGGAAGUAUCUCGAAAUUUUGGCGAAGGGAAAGACAUCUGAGGCAAUUGAGAAGCUGAUGGACUUAGCUCCCGAGACGGCAACCUUGCUGGCGCUGGAUACUAAUGGAAAUGUGCUGAAUGAAGAGGAAAUCGACAGCCGGCUCAUACAAAAAAACGAUGUUGUCAAGAUCAUUCCCGGUGCAAAAGUAGCUUGUGAUGGCUUCGUCGUCUGGGGACAAAGUCACGUGAACGAGAGCAUGAUCACAGGAGAAUCUCGACCAGUGGCGAAAAGGAAGGGCGACAUAGUGAUCGGAGGGACUGUCAAUACCAACGGCGUGCUGCACAUCAAGGCAACGAGGGUAGGAUCUGAGAGUGCUCUUGCUCAAAUCGUUCGACUUGUAGAAUCAGCGCAAAUGGCCAAAGCUCCAGCGCAAAAACUUGCGGAUCGUAUUUCUAAAUUCUUCGUUCCUUUGGUGAUUGCUCUUUCGUUUUCGACGUGGCUUGCCUGGUUUCUUGCUGGAAGGUUUAAUGGAUAUCCGAAAUCAUGGAUUCCUUCUUCUAUGGAUAGCUUCCAACUUGCGCUGCAGUUUGGCAUUUCUGUAAUGGUGAUCGCCUGCCCGUGCGCGCUCGGCUUGGCUACACCGACUGCUGUUAUGGUCGGGACCGGCGUCGGAGCUUCUCAAGGAGUUCUAAUAAAAGGCGGCCAUGCAUUAGAAAGCGCUCAUAAGGUGAACUGUAUCGUCUUCGACAAGACCGGGACGCUUACGAUCGGAAAGCCAGUUGUUGUCAACACAAAGCUACUAAAAAACAUGGCUCUUACCGAGUUUUUCGAUCUUGUUGCCGCUGCUGAGGCGAACAGCGAGCACCCGCUGGCGAAGGCGAUUGUCGAGCACGCUAAAAGAUUCAGACAGGACGAAGAGAAUCCGGUCUGGCCAGAAACUGAAAGCUUCGAAUCCAUAACCGGACACGGUGUGAAGGCCAUUGUUCGUAGUCGAGAGAUCCUUGUCGGGAACAAAAGUUUAAUGACGGAUCACAACGUCGGCAUCUCUCUCGAAGCUGAAGACAUGCUUGCGGAAACGGAAGCCUUGGCUCAAACCGGGAUUCUCGUGUCUAUCGACCACGAGCUCAUCGGGAUACUCGCCAUCUCCGAUCCAUUGAAGCCCGGCGCCCGCGAAGUCAUCUCCUUUCUCAAGUCUAUGAAAGUGAAGAGCAUUGUAGUGACCGGCGACAAUUGGGGGACCGCAAAUGCGAUCGCCAAAGAAGUCGGGAUAGACUCGGUUUUCGCCGAGGCGAAGCCCGAGCAUAAGGCCGAGAAAGUGAAGGAACUACAGGCUGCCGGGAACGUCGUGGCAAUGGUGGGAGACGGCAUCAAUGAUUCGCCGGCGCUGGUGGCCGCGGAUGUGGGGAUGGCGAUUGGCGCCGGGACUGACAUCGCCAUCGAGGCGGCGGACAUCGUGCUGAUGAAGAGCAACUUGGAGGAUGUAAUAACCGCGAUACAUCUAUCGCGAAUGACGUUUUCUCGAAUCCGGUUGAACUAUCUAUGGGCUCUAGGAUACAAUAUCCUUGGGAUCCCGAUCGCGGCUGGGGCUCUGUUCCCGUCGACGGGAUUCCGGCUGCCGCCGUGGAUCGCCGGAGCUGCAAUGGCUGCGUCGUCCGUCAGCGUGGUGUGCAGCUCUCUCUUGCUCAAAAAUUACAAGAGGCCUAAGAAGCUGGACGCCCUUGCCAUGAGAAGGAUCAGUGUUGAGUAGUAAGUUGUUUUGCUAGCAUGCAUGGUGUGUUCGAAUCGAGCAUUGCGAAAUGACAAUAAUACCCCCUUGUGUGUGUACAAUGUUUAGGGCAUUUUAUUUCCCAUAAUAAAUGUCGAUAAUGAUGGUGUGUGUGUGUGUGAAUGAAUCCUAUCAAAUAAAGAAAUAUGUAAAUAUAAAUUUAGGCUUGUGAUAUUUGAAUAUGAUUUUUGUAAUAAAAAAGUGUGUUUUUAUAAUGA